AUGUCUGGUCGUGAACCGACUUCCAAUGUGACUGCCGAAGGCAAACCAAAGACUAUGCAGAAGUUCAAACGCAGAAUCAGCAAGAUCUUAGGCAAGGAUGAUGUGAAGCAAGCAAAUGCCGCUGCCGCUGCCACGAGCUCUGCAGCUGCUGCCAGCGAACCUACCACCAUCCAGGGACCUGUUAAGAGCGAAACUUCUGCUGAGGGACCAGCCAAAACAGCCUCGAAAGCCACCACCCCAGCCAAGACCGAUGAGGGUAUGAAACCAGCUGCAGUGUCUCUGAGGCCAAAAUCAGCCAUGACAGCUCUUGAGAACGCAAAGAUUCAAGAGGAGAAGGUCCGCGCAAUGUUCGCAAAAUACAACAUGAGCUUGGACGCCGGUGAUUGGAAGCCUACUUUCAAGCAAGAUACCCCAAGGGUAGAAAAGAAGGUGCGCAUGAGGGUGCACCGCACGUGCCACCGUUGCCAGACCCAAUUCGGCGUCGACAAGAUCUGCAAUAAUUGCAAUCAUGCAAGGUGCAAGAAGUGCCCACGGUACCCUUUAGCGAAGAAAGAGAAAGAGCUCAGGACCAAAGACGGGAGUACUGCCGUCGCCAGCGAUACAGGAUACGUCAAAAAGCCAGUUACCCAGCGCUCGCGCAGGAUUUGUCACAAGUGUCAGACCCCUUUCAAGAGUAAGACUUCGGCAUGCGAGAAGUGUCAGCAUGAACGUUGUGAAGAGUGUCGACGAGCAACUGCAAAAUCAGAUACAGCUUCUGGCACCUUCACAAAAUGGACCUGCCAUGAAUGUCGAAACGUUCACCGCGACCCAGAAAACCCAUGUCUGAAAUGCGGCCAUAGCAAAUGCGACUCCUGUUCGAAGGAACUCGUCAAAAAAGCCGACCCUGCGAAAGCUGCGAUGGCGAAAACAAAAGACGCUGGGGAUGUUAAAGAGAUACAGCGGCGCAUGGAUCAGAUGGGGGUUGGAACUUCUCAGGCCUCGGCAGCUUGA